UUUUAAUUUUUCCCGGUGUGCACUAGCGUUUGACAAUGUAACAGCAUUCGCAAGGGCAAAACAUUGUACUGAAAAUAAAAUAGGUAGCAUGCAGCAAAGGCGUCUCGCAGCGUGUGUUUGCUGAAAGCGUUUGUACCCCGUCGAGCUGUCUCGGAGGUGUGCCUCCUUGGUGUCCAGUGAAGGCGCACAUUAAGAAUACGGAAACACUCCCGAGGGUGUCGUACGCGGCCUGUCCAAAUCAUGGCCAACUAUCUACGGAGCGUUACGCGUAAAAGUUGCUCGUUGGUUGGUGGGAUAUUCACACCACGGCCGUACGGUUCCGAAGUACAUCGUACUGGUGUCGCCGGCGUAACUACCGUUGUUGCUAAUAACCGAUGCAAACCACCAGCUGCUGCACUCUCACAUGCAUUUGCAGUCGAUGCAUUUAAGGCGGAUAGAAACCGAAGUAUAUUGAGCGAAACAAAUGCCACUCAAUGCAGUGAUCGAAGCGACAUCCAAUAUUGCAGUGACAGUAUCUCCUCCACAGCUACGGGCAACCAGCCGAAAGAAAAUCAACCCUCCGAGGAGCAGUUGCAUCGUGUCUAUCACGUGCUGUCGCAAACAUUACCCAAGCUAUUUGUCCAACCGCUCGACUACUCCAUCUACAGCCCCAACUUAAUCUUCGAGAACAACAUUCGCGGUACACGGACAGAAGGACUGUACCAUUACGUGAAGCAAAUAGCUUUGUUGCGUACCGUCGGCCACCUAAAGUUUGCCUAUGUUACCUUUGAAGUGCUGAAAAUCACCAAACAUCCCGAGGAUAACACGGUGAAGGUGCGAUGGCGCAUCCGGGGCAUUAGUGCACUCAAGGUGAUGCUUCAGUUUUGGAAGUAUAAGCUAUGGAAGUUGAAGGAGAUAUUCGACGAGCAGGAAGCAUGGUACGAUGGAUUCUCGGUGUUAUACGUUGGUCCUGAUGGAUUGGUGUCUAAGCAUGUAGUCGAUAAGAUAAUGCCGGACGAUGAUACGGUGAAGGUCCCGCCGAAAACUAUCGUUUCACCAAAGUUGGCUUUAAUGGUUGGGCUUACUGCAGAAAUCUAUCCGGUAGUGGGCACGAUGAAUUGAAACAGCCGUAUUUUUUUGGUCCUGGUAUUAGCAAAGGUUUACUAUUUUCGUUCUUUGCUUCAUUGUGGUUGCUGCAAAUUGUGUCGUUUAUGCUGAAUGUUUUUUAUAUUAUUUUUAUAGUGUUGUAAGUUAUAAAAUGACUGUAGUAUCAAGCUUUGUUUCGGGGGAAACAAAGUAAUAAAAGUGAAACAGAUAGCACUGAAAAGAAGGUUUGAUAACAUUUUCGUCUAGUUUGCAACACAAAAGUGUUACAUGAGUGUUGAUAUUAUAUUAG